UUAAUGUCUCACCUGUGGCCAGAGAGCAGUCACACAGGUCGGCCUGUACUGUGGAAGUGUGCGAUGAGGCUCGUGGAGAUAUUUCUUUGUGUCUUUCUGGGAUGUUCUGUCUCUGGAGACUCAGUCAUAGACGGACAUGCUCUCACACAAAUGCCCUAUACAUUUCCAGGAUUUUUCCCAGAGUUUGAGCCUCUGCCGUUCGAGGGAAUCUUUGAUUUCCCUCCAUACGACGCCGUCUUCAGCUCCUGGCCAACUCCAGGUCCUGACUUCCACAUGCUCGCUGAGUUGCCUCCCAUGAUGAACGUCCCCAGGAUGCAGGUGUUUUGUGAUGAAUCCCGCCUCUCGGUGCUGGUUGAUAAGAGAAUCAAUGGAGCUGUGCUGACUGCGGAGGAGCUGCAGCUGGGGAACGGCUGCUCCAGCAACGGAGAGCGACCCAACCAGCUCGUCUUCACUUACAGUGUCGAUGAGUGUGGAACUACGCAGAAGAUGCAGAACGGCUUGGUGAUGUUCACCAACUCUGUCCACUUGACUGUGAAAGAACCUCUGGCUGCCCGGAGACAAACUCCUUCCACAAUGCAUGUCUCCUGCAUCCCAGAGAGGUCUCUUUUCAAGGCCGUGUCUUCUGAGAGUGACAAGACCUUUGAUAUUAAAGCCAUGAGCUCGUCCUGGACGAGUGCUGCCGAGUCUAACGUCUAUAAGAGAGGCCAUGUUGUCAACGUCCAGGUUUCUGCUAACCCUGGAGCUGGUGAGCAGCUUUUCAUCCAGUCCUGCUUCGUCUCUGCGUCCCCGGAACCUCGAGAUAAACCCCGGCAUGCGGUCAUUCUGAACAAAGGGUGCACAGCCCCGCUGGGUUCUCCUCAUCCUGUUGUACAGUUUCUCUCCUCCAGCAGAAGAGAUGUGGUCAACUUUGCUCUGAACACAACUUAUCUAAUGGCGGAGAUCUACAUCCACUGUACCGCGAUCAUCUCAGACCAGGGUGUCACGACUGGCUCCAAAUCCUGCAACUACAACUUGAUCAAGUCCAGAUGGGAAGACCUGAGUGGAGAUGUUACGGUGUGUAAAUGCUGUAGCUCAAAGUGUAAAAGCAGACCCCAUCAUGAAGGCUUCAGAGCCACAGUCAGCACAGGCCCGUUUGUCACCGUGGACGACGACAUGAAGACGAGCGCCACGCCUGACGCCUCUGAACAUCAGCGGCCUCCACCUGCGCCUGUUGGCGACUCGAUGCCGUCUGACGCCACGGCGACGGGCGCGAUCGUUUCUGGAGCUUCACUUUCAAGAAGUAAACUCUCCUCGCCCCCGCAGGGCGUCGUGGUCGUGAGUCAGGAGCCGGUUUCCAGGCUGAUCCUCUGGCUUCCCGGGCAGGUGGAGGACGGCGAGCGCCAUAACGACGAAGGCCCCGAGGCUGAGAGUCUGACAGCGGAGUCGAAGGAACAUAGUGUAACUUUAAAUGAGCUCCCGGAGCCACGACCUUCAUCCUGCCUCAAUCCACCCUCACAUGGUCAAAGAGACUCAGAGUCUCUGAGACGGAACAGGUUUGGACGGUCUGAAGUGUUGGACACAGACGUCCCUCAAGUCAACAUCCUUCUACCGGCUGAGAUGAUGCUGAAUGACCUCAAUUUUGACCUUAACCUAAAGGAAGAGGAGCCGACUCGGAGGCAGGCAGAUGCAGCUGAGAAGUUCCGCGAUCAACCGGCUGAUGAACAAAUAAUUCGCUCUAAACUCCAGUUCUCCAAAGGUGCAGAUGGAACACAGACGUUGAGUUAUGAGGAGGAGGAAGUGAUGAAGAAGCCAGAGGUCAUGAGAGAGGGGAAACAGGAGCACAGGCGGAAAGGACUGCGCUCAACUUUCCUGGAUUUCUUGAGGAGGAUGGACAAGGCUGAAUAACGGCAGUUUCAAGAGACUUUUAUAAAGACUUAAAUUGAAUAAAGGUAUUGAUUAAAAA